AUGGCUAGUUGGAUUUACGCAGGCGCCAACGGAAAUGUAUUUAGGAAGCGGAAGUCCCGCCUCUCUUCUGAGAGGAAGAAGCAACGCAGAGGGAACAAGAACGAUUUGAGACCGCAGCCGGCACCAUGUGAGUACCCGCGGGGCCUGGAUGGCGGGAGCCUCCUCAACAAGCCCAAGAGUGAGAUGACCCCGGAGGAGCUGCAGAAGCGAGAGGAGGAGGAGUUUAACACAGGCCCGCUCUCCGUGCUCACUCAGUCGGUCAAGAACAACACGCAAGUGCUCAUCAACUGUCGAAACAACAAGAAGCUCCUGGGCCGUGUGAAGGCCUUCGACAGGCACUGCAACAUGGUGCUGGAGAACGUGAAGGAGAUGUGGACUGAGGUCCCCAAGAGUGGCAAGGGCAAGAAGAAGUCCAAACCCGUCAAC